GGUGACAAAGUAGUUGUGGGUGGUACAAAAUAUGGCACACUCAAGUUCAUUGGUCAGACACAGUUUGCAAAAGGUGAUUGGGCAGGCAUUGAACUUGAUGAGCCAAUAGGAAAGAAUGAUGGAUCCAUUGAUGGGAAGAGGUAUUUCAAAUGUCCACCUCAGUUUGGCUUAUUUGCACCAGUAGCAAAAGUAACAAGAGUG